AUGGCUGCCCAGUGGCUUGGAGCUAUCCCUCCUCCUCCAGGAGUUACCCCUAAUAUCAUCGACCCUCCAAGCCAGUGGGCUGGGAAUAUUGCCCUUCACACAGUAUGCCUCACGCUGGCGACCGCUGCGGUUGCGAUGCGGGUAUACACCCGUACACUCAUAACUCGCACGCGAAUGGGAGUGGAUGACUCGUAUACUUUGGGUAUUGGGCGCCAUCUAUGGGACACUCCACCUCUCUGGGUUCCAUAUGCCUUGAAGUAUUUCACCUUUGCGCAAUACGUUUACUUGACCCUCACCGCGACAAUCAAGCUUACCUUCCUCUUCUUUUACCGCCGUGUCUUUUCGCCGCAGACACUAUCAAAUAUCCUCAUCACCUCCGGUAUCAUCUUCGUUGCUAUUUCUCAUGCCGCAAUUCUCUUUGCGACUGUUUUCUCAUGCUCCCCCGUCGCACGCGCAUGGAACUUGGCCAUCCCUGGGCGGUGCAUUAAUCCUACCAUUCUUCCAUAUCUUUCUGGCGCCCUCAGCUCGUCAACUGAUCUUUACGUGCUCAUCCUACCAAUUUACCCCGUGUGGAACCUGAACAUGCCACUUCGCCGCAAGAUCAAACUCCUUGGUGUAUUUGGUCUUGGUAUCUUUGCCGUUUGUGCUAGCUUGGUUCGGCUUGCAGAGACACCGGUCCUACAAAGUAGCCCCGAUGCUACAUGGAACAUAUCUAGGUUGGCUGUCUGGGCCGUCAUCGAAGCAAACGUGGGAAUAUUCUGUGGAUGUCUAUUACUACUUCCCGCUUUCCUUGAUCGCCACUUGCCCAAGUCCAUUACAUCGUCAAUCAAGGGACUAUUCUCCACUUCAAACAGCCGACGACUCGAAAAGGGUGGCAGUUCCGACGCCUCCUCGAAGCAAUACUCAUGGCCCAAUUCCAACCACAGCCACAAGGUCUCGAUAUCAACUUCUUCAAAGGGCCACAGUUACUUAGAGCUAAAUCCUCCAAACAGUGUCCACGACACUGUUUAA